CUGGGGAUCGUCGCAGAAACAAAAUAUGUCUUUGUUUUGCUCUGCGGAUUUGCAAAAAAAAACACAGUUGGUAGAGGAAAAGGCAUUAGUGUGAGCGAUUAAUACUUUUUUUACUCAGUAGACUCGGUCUCGUUCAUUUUUUGCUCGGAGCUGCCGCCGAUCUCCAUGGUAACCAUCUGGGUGCCCGGAUUUGGUGAUGCAAACGUCAGCACAAUGGCCGCGGAGGGCGAUGUUGUGGUGGACGAGGGGAGCUGCGAGAUAACGCAAUACGUAGCCGAGUUCGUACAGAAAGAGUUGGGAAAUGAUCCCAGAUCUUUAAAGAAACUCCCUCAAAUAACAGAGGAACUAGCGCUGUACAAAAAAACUCUGGAGGAACAGGUUCUUACUGUCUCAUCUGAAGUGCCAAAGAAAAUUGAAAAUGCUUUCAAGAAUGCUGAAAACUCCAAGAAGUUACUACGUGGCAUUCUUAUGAAAAAGGCAGCCUUAGCUGAGUCUAUCGACAAUCAUCUACUUACAGCCCAGCCUUUAAUGGAAGAAUUGAGAGUAUUGAUUGGACAGAUUGAAGAGAUUGAGCGGCACCUCUGGUACUUGAAAUGGAUUUCACAGAUAGAAGAGUUAAGUGAUUGUAUUCAACAGCACCUAAUGACAAAUAGUGUCUCAGAUGCUGCCAACACUCUAGUUUCCAUGGCAGAAUUAGACAUAAAGCUUCAAGAAUCAUCUUGCACUCAUCUGCUCAGUUUCAUAAGAUCCACUGUCAAAUUUUGGCAUAAAAUUCUCAAGGACAGAUUGACUAAUGAUUUUGAUGAAAUUCUAAAGCAACUGCAUUGGCCUUUCAUUGGACCCCAGCAAUCCCAGACUCUUGCACUGGCAUCAGUGGGAAAUUCAACAGAACUCAACAACAACUUAGAAACAGUAUUCAUUCAACUCCUCAAGCUGCAGACAUCAGAUGAACUAAUAACUAAACCGAAGCAGUUGCCAGAGAAGUAUGAUAUUCCACCGUCUCUGCCUAUUGCAAUUCCCAUUCAGCUUAUGUUACUACCACUACAGAAGAGAUUUAAAUACCAUUUUUCUGGCAACAGACAAACAAAUAUGCUAACUAAGCCAGAGUGGUAUCUGACGCAGGUGCUAAUGUGGAUUGGAAACCAUACCAAGUUUUUGGAACAGAAAAUUCAGCCCAUUAUAGAUAAAACAGGCUCUCCUUUAGACGCCAGGCUGGAGUUCUCACGGGGUCUUGUAAUGCUGGUUUUGGAGAAGAUGUCUGCUGAUAUUCCAAAGCUCCUCUAUGAUGAUAGCCUGUUUUGUCACAUGGUGGAUGAAAUAUUGUUAUUUGAAAAAGAACUGCAUAGUGCCCAUGGCUAUCUUAGCAGCCUCCCAAGCUGUAUGCACAUCCUCUCAGAAGAGACCUGCUUUCAGAAAUGGUUGACAGUGGAAAGAAAAUUUGCUUUAGAAAAGAUGGAUUCAGUGCUGUCUUCAGAAGCUGCAUGGACAUCCCAGUAUAAGGACAUUAUGGAUGUAGAUGAGAUGAAAGCUCCAGAUUGUGCAGAAACAUUCAUGACACUUCUUUUAGUGAUUACAGACCGAUAUAAGGGUCUUCCUACAGAUGGCCGAAAACUUCAGUUUUUGGAACUGCAGAAGGAGCUUAUUGAUGAUUUCAGGAUCCGUCUGACUCAAGUGAUGAAGGAAGAAACCCGUUCGCCACUGGGAUCCCGAUACUGUGCUAUUCUAAAUGCUGUCAACUAUAUAGCUGCAGUAUUGGCAGACUGGGCAGAUAAUGUAUUCUUCCUCCAGCUUCAGCAAGCAGCCCUUGAGGCUUGUGGAGUGAACAGCAGUAUGACUGAGUUGCAGCUUGGCCAGCUAGCAUCAUUUGAAAGCUCUGUCUUUGAUAACAUGAUUGACUUGCUAGAACGUCUCCGACAUGAUAUGUUGACAAGACAAGUAGAGCAUGUCUUCAGGGAAGUGAAGGACAAAGUAAAGCCUUACAAGAAAGAAAGGUGGUUGUUUUUGCCAUCUCAGUUGGAUCAAGCAGUGAUGUCCUUGUCUAGUUCAGCCUGUCCAAUGUUACUGACUCUUCGAGACCUGUUACUACGGUUGGAGCAUGAACUCUGUUAUUCACUCUUUCAAUCUUCUUGGCAAAUGCUUGCUGAGAAGUUGGACUUACUCAUCUACCAAGAUAUUAUAUUGGCAAAUCACUUCAAUGAAGGUGGAGCAGCACAACUGCAGUUUGACAUGACACGGAAUCUUUUCCCACUGUUUUCUCACUACUGCAAGAGACCAGAAAACUACUUCAAACAGGUGAAAGAAGCUUGUGUCAUCCUGAAUCUGAAUGUUGGUUCAGCACUAUUAUUGAGAGAAGUCCUCCAGACUACUACUGGUUCCGUGACUGGUUCCAUCGAACAGCCCACUGCUGUUGCAACUCUGAAUGAAAUUGGAGUUUAUAAACUGGCCCCACAGGAUGUUGAGAUCCUUUUGAACCUAAGAACAAACUGGCCAAGUUCAGGCAAAUAAGUGAACAUUUGAAGCUUAAUAGUAAAAUAAUUCUGCCUUUCUGUGCAAAUGUGCGGGCUGUGCAUGGUAAACAGAAAUUUUUUUUUUCUCAAAUGCCAGCCAACAUUGUUGUCUGAAAUUCCAUUAAAUGUAAAACAAUUGUAUUAAAACAAAAGGAGAAAAUGUAUUUAAAUAAUGGACUAACCUGUGUACAUAAUUUGUUCAUUUUAAACAGUUGUUAAGAAUUCAGAAAAAAAAUGGCUCUUCAGAAUCUAUAAAAAUGAUAGAAUAUUUAAAAAAACUUUUCCAAAAUCACUCAAGGCUAAAGAAUGUGUUCUCGAAUAAUAAAAUGCAUGUGAAAAAAUUAUUUUUUUCUUUAAAGUUUAUACUCAAUUAUCUUGAGGAAGUU